AUGGGGCGUACAAGAGUAAAGAACAAAAAAGCAACAUCAACAGUCUCAUCUUCUGGAAAGGAAGACCCAUCAAUCGAAUCUCUCUUCUCAAAAGCCCAAUCGCUACUAACACAAUGCGAUUAUGACCUUUCCCAAAAAUUUGCCUUGCGCAUUCUGCAACGUGCCCCUCACAACGCAGACGCGAAGGAGUUGCUAGGAGUCACCCAGCUUGAGAAGGGUGAACUUGAGGAGGCAAUGCAGACGUUCCAAUCUUUACUCCCGCCUGCACCAGGUGCUCCAAACCCACCACCUCCUUCAGCUCACUUAUAUCUGGCGCAACUCAGCGAAGAGGAUCCACAUCUAGCUCUCAAGCACUAUGAAGCGGCCGUCGGUAUCUUACAUGGACAACUAAAAGGCAAGGAACGGGCCACACAAGAUAACGGUGGUGAAAAUGAAUCGGACAUCCGGAAGAACAUCGUACGGGUUUUGGUUGCGAUGGUUGAGAUUUGGAUGGCACCGACUUAUGAUUUAUGCUUCGACCCUAGAGCAGAGGAGACUUGCGAAUCUUUGCUAAAGACUGCAUUCGAGACCGAUCCGGACAACGUCGAGGCUUUGAUUUGUCUUUCUUCAUUCCGGCUAUCCCAACAACGCCCGGAAGAAGCAAAAGAUGCAGCGAUGAAAGCCUGGUUAUCAUUCAAAGAUGUUGAAGAAGAUGACUCCAAACUACCACCAAUACCCACUCGAAUAGAGCUCUCAAAGCGAUUUAUCGAAUCAUCCGAAUACUCUCCCGCAUUAUCCGUUUUGCAAACCGUAAUGGCCUCUGACGACCAAGAAGUCGAGGCAUGGUACCUCGAGGGUUGGUGUUUCUUCCUCAUGGCCGAGCAAGCAAAAGAAACGGAAACGAAAAUCGAAGAUUUGUCUUGGGAGGAACUCGCAAAGGAUUCUCGGGAUUGUUUGGAGAGUUGCAGGACGCUGCAUACAAAUCUUCAACACUCGGAUGAUGAGUUGCUCAAACAUACGUCAGAGCUCAUAAACCAACUCGAUGCAUUGGGAAUUAAGCCGACACCUGCUGAGGAAGGGGACGAUGGUGGAGAAGAGGAACAGUGGGAGGACGUCGAUGGAUCUGACGAAGACGUAGAAAUGUCAUGA